GCAAAAAGAAGUAUAGCUCCUCCCACAACCCCGGUGUACUUGGCCACACAGCAUAAACAUUAGCACCAUUUGUCAGUGGUGAAAUGGAUUUCGUUUAUAUUUUGGAGGAUGUAUUGUGAGUCGUUAAUGCUCAUAGCUUUAAAAUAACAAGACAGCUGUCACCGGCCUUACUUGCACAUCCGACCAUGGUCGCCUUCUAAACAGGUGCAGCAGUUACGGAGUCGAACUGACAACCGUCUGUGGACCUCACCGGGCCGCCAAUACUAGCAAAAGAGUGUCUCCCUCCCUAGCGUUGAUCAUGCAUCUGUAAGACACGCCCCCCCUCCAUCCAGCGCUCCCUAUGGAUUCUAGCGAUGACCUAGCGCUGGAUAUCAUUGUCACCAAUGUUGUGGCAACGUUCCGGACAAGGUGUCACCUCAACCUGCGAACCAUUGCCCUGGAGGGGGUCAACGUCAUCUACAAGCCGGAAGUAGGGAAAGUCCUGAUCAAGCUCCGUAAGCCCAGAAUCACUGCCUCGAUCUGGUCCUCAGGGAAGAUCAUCUGCACUGGGGCUACCAGUGAGGAUGAGUCAAAGGUUGGUGCCCGCAGAUUAGCACGCAUUCUGCAAAAACUGGGCUUUAAGGUGAGGUUUUCUGACUACAAGGUAGUGAACGUGCUGGCGGUGUGCUCCAUGCCCUUCUCCAUCCGCCUCAUCGACUUCACCAAAAAUAAUCGUCCCAUUGCCAGUUACGAGCCAGAGCUCCACCCGGCUGCCACGUACAGGAUCAAACACCUGAAGGCCACCGUGCAGGUCUUCUCCACUGGCAGCCUUACAAUCACAGGACCAAAUGUGCAGAGUGUGGCCACAGCGGUGGAGGAGAUCUACCCACUGCUGUUUGAGUGUCAGAAGCCCCUCCGGAAAUGAGACGAGGACGCGAAAGGGACCAGUGGAGAAGCACUUUUUAAUCUGUGGAUUUGUGCGAUUUUUGUUGUUUUAUUCGGUCCACCCAGAAACGGCGACGAGUCUGUGACCUCCCAGUUGGCUGGAUUUGACCUGGAAACUCUUCCCCUUAAAUUCACCCCGUCACAAAGCUUGUGUAGCAUCUGUCUUGACAUCGUGGGGUGUGUGACACUUGGUCUUUUACACUUUCACCCCUGAUCUCUGCUAUAGUCUCAGAUGUCUGCACUGACCGCGCCCUAGAGACAGCUGCAUCGACUUUUGAUUGAAACUCGUUGGGCAAGUCUCUAACCGAAAUCUCAUUGAGGGAUAUUUCCGAUUUUCUUAAUGUCACAGGUUUUUCAUUUUUAUGCAUGCCAUGAUAAAUGGACAGGCCACCAGUCUUACAUUUUGAGCGCGAAUCUAGGUAAACCAUCAGAGAGACGCCACCCGUAUUUCAGCCCCAUUUUCUUUUAAAUGUCCGUUUUUGCCAUGCUGAAUAUUGCCAUGCCUUGGUUUUAACCUUGUAUUCUUGUCCCGUCCCUGUUUGAACUGAGGCCGAAGACGCUGCUAACCGUCCAGUGAGGUGUUCCGAAAAGCAUGAUCGUUUGUCGGGAGUGUUAACGAAUCGGUUCUCUUACUUUGUCUUCAUUUGUACUCGUAUGGCUGAAGAAGAACUUGUGUAACGUUAAGGCGAGGAACAGCCACGGGAAGAAAAAAAACAAUUACGAUUUGAUGACGCAAAUGGUUUGAGCUGUUGAGGCAGUCCCACCCAUCGGUGUGUGGAUAGCAGCUACUCUCACCUUCACGUGUAGGCGUGAGGACCCCGCCUGGCGUCAACCUGGUUCUUAUCAAUGCGGGGGGAAACCCCCAGUAAAAGCCUGUCACACUUGAACGACCCUGUUCAACUGAGGAAGUGUGACGCUUCUGUUUGUGUCGAAUGUUCAAACUUUUGUAUUUUAUAAUGAAAACAGAAAUCGAAAUAAACGAGGCUGUCGUA